AAUUCAGUACAGGGUAUUUUAGAAAGAGAGCCGUUUUUUUUUAUACUAAAAACGAGAUAGCCGUUCUGGUUGUUACGAGCCCGGGUAUGUUAAAUGUGGAACGGACUCACCGAGACGCGGGAAACUUCGAAUGACGAAUGUAGAAAAUUCAGAGGGAGCGGAAACUCUGGUUCUUGGAACGCCAUGGAAGAGGUUAGGGUAAGCUCGGCUUGGGUCGCUGAUCGUUCAACUCAUGUCGUCGUCGAUUCAACAGGACUCGAGAAAGUAGUAGAGACGAUUAAAGGUUCGAUUCCGAAAGUCGAGUGGGAUUUUGAAGGGAUUCACUAUUUCGAUAAUGGGCCUCUCACCGUUCAGUACCUGUUUGUUUUGGACGCAUUGAAUUUUUGUUUCUGGCCAGACAAGGACUUGAAUUACGAUCAUUUGGCAUCUGGGCUGAAGGCAGCUCUGCAAAAUGACAAAUCGGUGUUUGAUGCUGAUCGUUUACAGAAAUACACUGGUCCUCAACUACGUGAGUUGUUGAAAUGGCCUCGGCCACUUCCUUUGGAGGACGAACGCAUCCGCUUGCUGCAUGAGGUUGGACAGGAACUGGAGAGGAACUUUGGGGGUAAAGCAGCCAAUCUUGUGGAGUCUUGUGGAAAGUCUGCCGUAUAUCUUGUUGCCCUCAUAACACGCCAUUUUCCUGGUUUUCGAGAUCAUUCAGUGUACAAAGGUCGUCAGGUUUUCUUGUACAAGCGAGCACAGAUAUUUGCAGCAGAUUUAUGGGGUGCUUUCAAGGGUCAAGGAUACGGUGAAUUCAAUGAUAUAGGCGCGAUUACCAUAUUUGCAGAUUAUAUUGUUCCAGCUGUGCUUAGGAAUCUUGGUGUGUUGAGAUAUAGUUCAGCCCUGGCCAACACUAUUGAAUCUAAUAGUGAAAUUGGUUCAGGAAGUGAGGAGGAAGUCGAGCUACGGGCUUGCUCUGUAUAUGCCGUGGAGAAAUUGAGGGAGUUGAUUGAAAUAAAAUCUGGGAAAAAGGUGCUCAGUGUGGAACUGGAUCUUUGGCUCUGGUCUUUUGGGAUUCAAUGUCCAUCUCUGCAACACCACCGUACACUCUCAAUAUACUACUGAGCCGAUCAUAAGUCAAAUGUACCCUCUUUUUAUGAUGCCUUUAAGGGAGAAGUACUAUUGAUGAGUUGACAGCUAAAGGUAUAAGUUUUUUGACAGGUGUAAUUAUUAGUUUUAAGAUGUUACUCACUCUUCAUGGAGAGUUAAUCUCCCUUAAAUUUUUUGUUGACGAGUAAAAAAAGAAUUUGCCCACUAAGGUACACUAGGUGUCUGGGAAGAGGAGCAAUGCAUUUACCAUUUGGCUUAGAAUUGGUCAAAUGUAUUGUCAUCUUGGAAUAGUAAUGAACUGAAAAAUACUCUUUUAGGACCAAAUUGAUUAUAUUUAGGUCUUUCUACUUUUUCAAAGAUGCUAAAUUUGUUCAUUGACUAUAUUGGUGUUUAAAUACUGAUUCUGCGGAUUCAUGCUGACCCACAUUAGGAUAAAAAGAAAUGCUGAAAAUUUGCUGAGUUUUUGAGUUGGAUCGGCAGGAGGAUGAGAAUAUGUUGCUACAGCUAUAGAUGAUAAGACGGCUGUCAUGAGAAUUAUCUAAGUGAUACAAAAUUCAUUUGCACUAAGAAAAUUGACAGCUUAAAAAUCAUUUAAAAAAAAAAGUUUUUGUUCAGCAUUCCACGUUUUUCGAGACUCAAAGAACUGAAUUGUACCUUGGCUUUAUGCUAACAGUGAAAGUGUUAUACACUUAUACCAUCCUACAAUUGCAGGGAUGUAGUUACUCCAAGACUCAAGACUCUCAAGUCUUUAUCCUUACAUGGUUACACCUACAAUACUUAUUUGGUUUAAAUCUGUCCUCAAUUUGAUCCUGUAGCACUUGACUGGUUGGACCAGCAUAAAUGGCUUUGGAAACUUAGUGUCAGUUCUAGUGGUGGAACCAAGUUGUAAUUCAUUUUUAUCAUAAUAAAUAGACCACCCCACCCACGGUUUAAGUAAUCUGUUCACGCUCAAACCGUGGCCAGUGUUUCUCCCUUCUCUCGGUUCUCUUCUCUUCACCUUCUUGCUUCUCCUCUUUCUCUUAUAGGUGCUUAUAUACAGGGUUGAUGUAUCGUUGCAUGGUAUCAGAGCUCCUCUAAAUCAGUAUCCUCUCUGUUUUGAAAGACCCUUUCAGAGUUCUCUUCUUGUGGGUUGCAUUAUCCUGUGCUGCUGUACAUUCUAUUUGCCUAGUUGAGAUAAAUAUGAAAAACUGGGGGUUAUAUUUAUGGAGUAUUGCUGGUUUCUUUCGCCUACUGAUCGCAUCUUGCGUGGAUCCUCUACAAUAUAAAUCUGGAACACUAUAGCAGCAAAUUUCAUCCGUCUGUGGUUCUCCACUUUCGGCAUUACCUAACCUGCAAUUUUUGUAUCAAUUAACUUCAUGAAUCUAGAACAUAUUGCCUGUAGAUUUUAUUCCUCAAAUGGUUCUUCACUUGCGGCUCAACUGAUGUUCCUUUCUGGUCUAAUUUUAAUCUGGCAGAUGCUCUGCUUUUGGGCAGUUUUUUUCAGUGGCGAGAUUUACUUCUGUUGAGGAUCUGACCAUCAGAUCCUCCUAAUAUUUUGGGCCACUAUUUCCCUCCCUGAGGUUUUGAUCUCAGAUUCUGGUUUUUUAUUUCUGACCUCUUAAUCUGCCAUUUGAUUAUUACUAGUUUGUGGGGUUUUCAUAUACUAUUGACAUAUUUUAUUUGACCAGAAGUUGAGCACCAUUGAAGUUGUUUAAUUUGAAUUCUACUGUACUGACAUUUCUGGCCAGAAUUGGUUUUAUUGGUGGUGCGCCUCUUUAUAUACUUACCAACCUUGGAGGGCUGUGACUAAUUGUUCGGUGCUUUCUCGAGAUAUUGAGAGCCAUCCAUUAUUAUCUAUUGGAGCUUAACAGAUCUGGAAAUACUGCUGUAUUGCUGCAGUCAAAACUGACUUGCGUUGCGGUUCCCCUGAUUUUGUGCCCUUUUGCUGCACUGUAGAUUGAUUAUACCUCCAUAUAUAACCGUUGAUUGCUUGAGAAAUUUUGGGUCUUAUAUCUGGUCUAUUAUAUUUAUUGUUGUUUGCUGGUUA